AUGGCCAAAGGUGCCUUCUCUAUCUUGCCCCCUAGGCCUUAUUUUAUCUACUUCAACAAAACGAAUAAUGUUGUGGUAGCGGACUGUAAAUGCGCGAAAGUGAUCGGCCAUUUGGAAGCGGUGCGCUGGCAGCUGCAGCCGCGCGAUUACCGGCCUUCGGCGGGCGCGCUGGCGCUAGGCAACUGGGCGCGCGACCACCACGUGUGGCUGCAUUACGUGCCCAGCUCCGACGGCUUGCUCCCCGACGAUGACGUGCUGCGAAGUACGGACACGCGGUACUGGAGCAUACACGACGUGCAGCGUUACUCCGAGCUGAUGCUGCACUGCGAGAACGUGCUGUUCACGUGCCAGUACCCGACGUUGCGCCUGCCGUCGCGCCUCGGCGCGCACUUCUGGGGCUCCAAUGCGGCGCUCAAACUGCCCACCAGGCUUUAUCUCAAGGAGUUCCACAGAGCCUUGGAAACUACCUUAAUGAAAAUGCAAUUUGAGGAGGCACAAAUGGAUCGUCUUAUUAUCUCGGAUCAAAUAGUGAAUGUUAACUGCCUUGAUUAUUUUAAGCGAAAAACCUUUUUUCGCUUGCUUAACAACAUUUUAAGUUUCCAGGACAGGCUACAGCUGGUAUCGCUGGAAAACUUGUGCUGCUCGCGGCUGGAGGGCGCGCGGCUGCUGCAGCAGCUGGCCUGCUUCGCCGCGCACUCUCUCAAGUACCUGUUUCUGUGGCGCUUUGUGCUGCCCAACGAGAACCCUAUCGUCAUCAACUAUUCCUACAUCACUGGAAGCGGGCAAUACAUACCACGGCCGGAGACGCGGCGCUGUUUCCUGCGUAGCCUGGGCGAGCUGCGCAACCUGCGCGUUCUGGCGCUGGAGUACGCGCACCUCGCCGACGCCACGGGCGGCGCGCUCAUCUCCCUCAUCACGGUCCUCAAACGGCCCCAUAUGCGAUUACAGUUGAUGUGCCGGGAAGACCAGAUUCCCGGGCGCGCAGACCAGUCGCUGGGCACAGGUGGCUAUGUCAUCCCCGACUUGGCUUGGAGGCGGGUCGCCACCACCUGUUCAGAUCUCUACUUGCUCAUGACUUUCUGCCGCAUUCGCAACUACGACGACAUCCGUCGUUUCCUGUCUCCCAGCAUCCCGUUGCGUGAGGCGCACUUUCAGCUCGGAAUAGACCUGACGCAGUCCAAGAGACAGGAUUCUGACGUGAGCUGCCUCGUGCGCCAUCUCGCAUUCAAUUAUGCGAGCACUCUAGCGGCCCUGAGUAUCCACCAAUGGCGUUUCGCGGUAUUCCCGCUGCGGCGCGUGUUUGAGCUGAUGCCGCGGCUGGUGCGGUUCUUCUACGUCGGCAGCUGCCAAGAUGAAGUCGACCUCAAGCGAAUGCUGCACAUCAUUGCAUGCGGAGUUUGCGACAAAUUGAAACAUUUGAAAAUACAAAUUCAAGAUGAAAUGGCGAAGCGGGAUUAUUGGAAAAAUGUAAUCGAAAAUAUUUUGGAAGAAUAUAAAGAUAUAAUGCAAGUAUUGGAAAUAAGAUUUGAAUUAGAGAUUUAUAAAAGCUGAAUAAAAAUAUGAUCAAUA